AUGGCUUGUGCAAAGAAAACCUGCGCCACCACAGACUUCUCCUGCAAGAACGGCCAGUGCGUCCCCGCUAGGUGGCGCUGUGACGGGGAGCCAGAGUGUGCGGACGGCUCCGACGAAGCUGACGCAAUCUGCAUUUUGAUCCACAAAACGUUUGAAAUGGCUGAGAAAAAAGUUACUCGCAGUCAAGUUGCAGAAAAAGAGGAUGACACCAGCACGCUACUGAAGGAGGUCAGAUUGGUGAAUACCAAAAUUGACAAUAUUGAAGAAAAGCUGAUUUCCAAGGUAGAUGCGCUUGGAAUUUCGUUAGAGAGGACACUGAAACAAGAACUGAAGAAAAUAAAAGACGACUUUGACUCGGAAAUCGGCGGACUCAAAUCCAGAAUGUCACAGUUGGAGGAGAAGAUAAAGACGCAUUAUAGCCGCCCCUCAAAUACAUUUGACCCAGAUGUUUCUAUUGUGCUUAUGGGUUUGUCUUAUGAUGAAGAUGAAAACCUGGCUGCUAAGAUUAAGGAAGUGAUUGAGGAAGGCUGUGCUUGUGAUGACGGGGUGACGCUGGUUGCUCUGGAGAGGCUACGCGCACGAGGACCAGGCCCCGGCGUGGUGAAGGUGGCGUUUGCAUCGGCUAAGGAAAAAGUGGUUGUGCUCCGGGGCAAAACAAACUUGAAAUCCCAGGACAAGUUUAAGAAAGUCUUUAUUAGAUCUGCAAAAUCGCAUACGGAGCGCGUAAUGGAAGAAAACUUCAAAGUGCUUCUGCAUGAUCUACCAAAUGGAUCCGACUAUUUCGUGUCGGGGAAUGGAAGGGUUCUCCGGCGCGGUGACCGAGGAGCGGAGCGCGCGCCCCCGCCGCUAGCGUCCGCUCCUGCAGGUAGCAGAGGAGGCGGCCAGGCACGGAGACGCUGA